AUGGGUACUCUUACCGAUAUAUAUCUAGCAAUUUCAGAUACAGUGUUGAACAACUCUAAAAUAACUUUCCUAGAAAAUUAUUUCAUUGAAAUUUUGGCUGUUAUUAUAUUUAUGAUAUUUCUAAUAACAGCAGCUAGGGGAAUUAGGGUAAAUAAAAUGAUAGCUAGAAGAUUGUAUCAACAAAUUGAGCCACUGCUAGUAUCACAAUUUAGCCGUGUUACCCUAAUAAGUAAGUCAUUUUGGAUGGAUUCAUGGAGUAGCUUCGAUAUAUUUGCUACUGGGAGGAGCAACUGCUCUUAUUUAUAUAUAAAUAUAUCAUGUAGACCACGUCAAGAUCCCCUAACAGGAUUCCUCUUAUAUCCUCUGACUCGUUUUAAAGAUUGCCUUUAUGUUGAGAUUCCUUUGGAUAUACUAGAUCCAAUUGUAAUUUUAGUCUGCAAACGUAAUGAGUUAAAAAGUGCUCUGAUAGAAUAUCCUGAAAUUGAAAUUCAUUGCACUCAAAAAAAAGUAAUGGAUAUUCCUCAAAAUUGGAUUGUGUACAGUAAUAGUAAUGGAGCAAUAGAAAAAAUCCUAAAUGGACGAUUAGUGAAAAUUCUAAAUUGUUGCCAAAUAUCACAGAGUUUAAAAUUCAUUUAUAUUUCAGAUCAAACAACUUGUCCUAGAUUAACUAAUAAUUACAAAAAAAUUCAUCCCUGUAUCAAGGCUAGCUUUAUUCUUGAUAAAUCUAGUAACAAUCUAAACAAAAACUACAAGGAGAUUAACUCUGCAGUACUUGUUAAUGAAACUAUAACAGUUCAUGAGACCAUCUUAAAAUUAUUAUUGAGCCUAAAUGAUACAGUCCAAAACAUAAAAUUAUCAGAAAGAACUCUUCAGCAUGUCACAUCUCAAAGACAAGAAAUUGAGAAGACACUUUAUAAACUUGACGAGAGUAAGAGGUUGGCAAAAUUUGAACAAAAACGUAGGGAAAAGCUUCAAGAAGAAGCUUUUAAGAUAAAUCAAAUGACUCCUCAACAUCAAAAGAAAUAUCAAGAAAAAAAGGCUAGACAAGAAGCUAAAUCUAAAAUAAAGAUUAAGAGAAUUAGGAUGUAG